AUGCACAAGACCAACAUCCAUAUCCCAGGCCUCGGCGGAUCCAAUGCCUUCACUCGGACUCUGAGCAAGGAAGACGUGAAGAUCUGCGUAGCUGUCGAAGAAGCCUUUACAGAGCCAGAGCGAUGCUCCGAGGAAAAGUUCUGCUAUCGCCUGGGGGCAUGCCCGGAGCUAUGUCUGGGACUCUUUGUUGAGAACGAGCAAGAUCCAGCUUCACCUACACUCAUUGGACAUGUCAUUGCAGUCCGCUCUCCUUAUACACGUAUCACCGACGGGUCGAUGGCAAUGCCGGAGAAUUGGCGAUCACUGGAUGAUGAGCCUGUCUUUGUUAAUGAUGAGUUAAUCGGGAAUCAUAAGUAUGGUGAUAGCAUUGCAAUUCACUCUGUUGCUAUUUCGCCGGAGUAUCAGGGCAAGAAGGUCGGGAGAGCUCUCGUCCGGGCGUACCUUGAGCAUCUUGGGAGGGGAUGUUUUGGGGCGAGCAAGGUUGUGCUUAUUGCGCAUGACUACCUGGUGAACUUUUAUGAGAGUGUUGGGUUCAAGAACCAGGGGAAAAGUCCGUCUAACUUUGCAGGUGGUGUUUGGUUUGAUAUGACUUUUGAUCUGGAGUAA